AUGGUGGAAAGACAAUCAGGGAAUCAGUUAAGGAUUCUCAGAACAGAUGGAGGUGAAGAGUUUAUGUCAAAAGAAUUUCAGGAUUUCUAUGAUCAGAAGGAUUCAGGGAAAGUACUGAUCAGCAGAGAUGUGAGGUUUGUGGAGACAGAAUUUUGGCAGUGGACAGUAAUGGAUGAUCAAACAUCAAAGAUGAUUGUUUUACAGGGAAGGAAAUCAGAUUCAAUUGCAGAAACUCAAGAAACUAGGAAUCAAUCUGAAUCAAGUACUGGAGUUGAUAGAAACAAUGGGAAUGUUAGAGCACUGAAAGAUUUGUAUGAGAGUUGUUCAUUUGCAUUGAAUGUAACUGAUCCAAGCUGUUAUAAAGAGGCUGAAAAAUCAGAUCAUUGGAGACAAGCAAUGUCAGUAGAAAUUGAUGCAAUUCAGAAAAAUAAUACUUGGAAGCUUUGUGAAUUACCUGUAGGAAAUAAGGCAAUUGGAGUUAAGUGGAUAUAUAAGACCAAAUUAAAGCCCAAUUUUGAGAUUGACAAGUAUAAAGCCAGGCUUGUUGCUAAAGGCUAUGCUCAAGAAUUUGGAAUUGAUUAUGAAUAA